AUGGGGAAUGCCGACUGGAACCCGGCACAAACUAGAGUCUUCGAUGUGUACAUGGCCGGUGGUGGCGAUCGGGGAGGCGGACAAGGAUUAAUGGAUAUCUUUUCCUGCAAUGGCGGCAAUAACGUGAAUGGUGAAGGUGAUGACAAUAAUGAGAGUAGUAAUAGUAGUAGUAGUUGUAGUACUAGUACUAAUAAUGAAGACACCCACAGCAAUACACGCGCCGAUACUACCGAUGUUACUAAUAACAACUGUGCUAUUGGGGUAAACUUGGCGGAGAACUGCAUCACGAGCGGUAGCGGUAUUAACGCGGCGGGACCGGCAAGUACCGCGGAUUCCUCGGGGCACAAUUUUAAUUCCGAAUCUAGUCCUUCAUUAAUCAGUGGUACUACUGAGCUCUGCAACACUGGUACCGGUCGUACGGCUCCUUCUUUAACCCCUGAGUUUUUCGAGCGCCUAAAGAGACGGAAAGUGGAGUCACAGCCACCGCGAGUGACACCUGCAUUGAAUUUACAAACAUCAUAUGUAUCAUCAUCGACGAACAUGGCAGCUACUGCUCCUGGAGCAAUGGGUCCCAAUUCAGCUUCAGCGGCAAUCACGCGGAUGUCUACUCCACCUGCUCCUCCGCACACCGCCGUACCCGCAUCUACAACCGGUAUCCGUGCAUCCGAUGCCGGUAGGAUAACACCAUCGGCUGCUUAUGGCCAAACUGAUAAAUGGCCAAGUCAAAUGGAAUCAGCGUUUGUUUCUGCAUUGCGUAUAAUCAUAAAGAAUGGCACAUCCAAAUUCAAGAUCCUUGACCGUAAUUAUGGUCGUAAUGAAUUAAUUUCACUGUAUGUGGAGUACUAUACGGGAGAGGUGAGAACGAAAAAACAAAUCUCUUCACAUAUUCAAGUUUGGAAAAAAAGUAUCCUUAAUAAAAUGGUAGGGAAUUUCAAGUUGAGCGCAUUAGAUCGUGAAAUGUUAAGUCUGAUUGAAGAUGGCUCAACUCAGUCAGAUGAAGCUAACAAGUUGUUUUUUGGUACUUUUGAACAAAUUGUAAAUUAUUUGUCGCAACAACGCAGAGCUUCCGCUCCAGCUGUUAACAGUAGUUCAUUUGAUUUCUACCGUCCCAGUACGUCUACAACAGGAAAUAGUGGUGCAGAUUAUUUGUUAACACCUGCAACCUCACAUCAUUAUCCCACAGGGGGUGCCGGUAUGACAAGUUUUGGUCAUACCGGACCUCCUGUACCGCAAUUCGCACCAGCAUCUGCUCCUGUAACUCCUAUCGAUUAUGCAAAAUCGAUUUAUGGAAAUCUGAAGACUUAUAAAUGUGUUCCCGUCAAGGUACAGGAGCCAUUGAGAUCUGCUAGUGGUAGUACUGGUCACCACAAUACUGGUGGUAGCAAUGGUUCAAUUAGUAGUAGUAAUACUAUUAGUGGCAUCGAAGUACCACCACUAUCUCAACAAUACAUUUAUGGUGGUAAUCCCAAUAUAAAUUCAUCUGCAGCCACUUUGGCAAACACACAUCCACUUUUACAAAGUGCUAAGGAUUUAGAAAUGCAGCAAAGACAAUUAAUAGACAACCUUUCUUCUUCUCAACAACCAUCUUCAACCCAGCCUCAACCAUUAAAAUUGCCACCUGUAUCUAACGAACUCUAUGCAAGAGCAUCUCCGACUCAAACGAUGGCUACAGCAAAUCCACAACUGCCGCAAUUGCCGCAGCUUCCACAAUUACACUUAGCCGAUUUUCAACCUCAAAUAUAUGUCCCCGUUGUCGCUGCAGACCCCGGAACCUCUAACUGCCCAUCAGGUACAAAGAGAUCGUUAGGUGAAGUCUAA